CUAUGUCGCUGGUUCUCUGCAUCAUGAUAGACAUUGGCCUCUGGCCAUUAUGUGUCGCCGCCGAACAUCGGACUCCUAUCUGCCAGGUCCAACCGUCCAAGGCGGUCUCGGAAUCGCUAACUGUAGUGGGCUCAAGUCAAUGGGGUAACCAGGGUUUGAGAGCUGGCAUGACAUCUCGCCUGGUAUACUUGAUUGGGGGAAUGAAUUCAAACUCUCGAAGAGCCAGGGAUAGUGUGAGGACUGAGGAGUUAGCUCUGUUGACAUCUCAGGAUGUUGGUAUGCUAGCCCGGUUAUCAAGCUUGUUUGAUUCGUUGUAUGUGGGUGCUGAUUGUCAGAAACAGCUUUGAGUUCGGUUGUGUCGUGAAGGUGA